AUGUCUAGAACGCAAUCGUCGCUCUCGAUAUGUAGCAUCCUCACCGCAACCAGUGCUGUCUUGAUAAUUGGCUUCAUUGCCCUUCAAAUUAAGCCUUCAUUUACUAAAGAGGUUUCUAAUUCUUCUGCGGAUACGACUUUAAAGUCACCGUCCAGCCCCGCGGAUACCAUCCUCCGGGUCUUCGCCGACAAAAUCGAAGGAGGCUGGCCGUCGCGGCCGCUGCCAGCAAAAGGUGGCUUGCUAUGGAUCCAGCACAAUAGGACGUAUUCAGUUGGGUGGGGCGUAACUGUUUUUCAUGCGCUGCAUUGCGUAGAUGCUCUGCGAGUGUAUGCGUUGAAUGAUAGCAAGGCACACCUUCACGAGGCACACGACUCAACCGCACCCGUGGAAAAGACGGAAUCCGACAGAAAGCAGCAUAUGAGCCACUGCCUAGAUUAUAUUGCCCAGGCUCUCCUUUGCUCUCCAGAUGAUACGAUAGAGCCUCCCUCGUUAAGGUUUGAUAAUGCCGGCAACGUCCUUGAGCAAUCGGUGUCUGGUCAUAGCUUUGAGCACAAAUGUAAGGCCGUUGAUUAUCUUUGGGAUGUGGUCGAGAGUUCGGAGAAGAUAGCCUAUCCACAAUGGGAGUGGACGAAGGGGGAUACUGUGGCGAGCGUAUUUAGACCGGACGAUGUGAACUAA